AUGUGGGAUCUUCAUAUCAGUACUAUACCAGUUGUUGCUCAUGUGAAGAUUUUUGGUCUAGCAAACAAUGGGCGUAGAAACGAGUACAACGAUGUGGCUUACGUACUUGAGUACAAAGAAGUUUUCAAGUAUCCACCAAGGGUGAACCAGCUGCCGAAAAAGAUGAAUACGGCAGCCACGGAAGCAUCAUGCGGAAUCAGACUAAAGAUAGGAGCGGAGUAUCUCCUUGCAGGUUCAAUGUGGCCAAAUGGCUACUUCUUCAUGUAUCGUUGUGGACAGAUUGUUGACGACGGAGCCUUUUCGGUUCCCAAAGAAUUUGGAAUGCCGAUGGAAUGGCAUCAAGCUUCGACUGUUACGAAAGAGCAGCUCCACACAAUCAACUGCGAUAGGCAUCGUGUGGAACUACGACAAAGUGCAAAGCCAUGA